UAUAGAGUUGUCACAGCAGUUGACAUAGAGAAAUGCUGUGCACAACACAUGCUUAGUGGAAAAUUAAUAAUCCAGAAUGACGCGAAUUUUGAGAUGUGCAGCGAUUGCUGGUUUUCUUUUCACUACGCUGAUAAUUCUGUCAGAAGCAUCCUCAGCGAAAAAAAAUAUUGUCAUCAAAGCUUCCUUUCUGGGACUGAAAUCCAAAAGUUCAACAGUUUUUAGAAGAGCAAAACUAAUUAAAUGCUGUGGUAAAAAUUCCUGCAUCAGUGGACUGCCAGUUCACAGGAAAAAUGAAUCCGGAAGCACAAUGAUGGCUCCGGAUGCUGGAAAAAAUGGAGGCAGCAACGGGGGAGGUCAACCCGCCAAAGAUGGGGGUGCUGUUACGUCAUCAAGUCAAGGGGGUCAGGGUGGACCAGCUCCAGAGAGCAGCACUGAUGGAAAUUUAGGAGUUUCUGAAAUACCUGCUGGAGCCACCGGAGGAAGUGGCAACAAUCAAGUAGUGGACGCAACCACUAGUGGGGGUUUGGGAUACACAGGAAUCACCGCAGGAGUAGAUGGUGACUAUGGCAGUGUCGGGUCAGCAGGAGGAGGAGCAAAUCUUAACCCUGGCCCUGGCGCAAAUGGUGACCCUCUCGCUAACGCUGCAAAUCCUGGUUCAGGAGCAAUCGUUGACCCUAACCUUAAUCCUGCUGGUUCUGGAGCAAACAACCCUAAUCCCGCUCCUGCAACAAUCGUUGACCCCAAUAAUCCCAUAGCCGACCCUGGACUCUCAGGAUCUGGCAGCGUCUCUGGGACAAAUAGUCCAUCAGCAGGCUCAUCAGAUCCGUCCCAAAAUGUUGCUUCUGAGACUCCAGCUCCAGCUAAUUCAGUGGCAGGUGGAAAUGUGGCGGGCGAUUCAGUGACAACUACAGUCGCAAGUGGACAAACUGGAGGAGCAUCUUCGAAUGGGGAAACUACCUCAAUCCCAGCUGGAGUCACAAACCCAAAGGCUGACACCACAACGAUAGCCCUUCCAGCAGGAGGAAGUUCUACUGCCAAGAAUACUGUGGGUUCAACAAACAACCCGCUGUCUAAUUCUUCCACGGUCGCUGCAAACAACACUGGAAACAGCGCAACUGUGCUGCCAAAGUCAAAUCCGUGCAUGGAUGAUGUCUGCGUCCUACCGUGUGAUAAGGAUCCUACGCUUUUUGUCAAUAAUGUUCUUCAAGUUCCCGCUGGUAAAGGCGCCAUUAAAACCAUAUGUGGAAAGGAUUAUUUUGUCAGCACUGAAAAAGCAAAUUAUACGGUGGCGUCUAAAGCCUGUUGCUCGAUGGGCAUGUUUUUGAGCUCCUUUGAAACACGGGCGGAGCAAGACUGCUUCUCAAAGUAUAACAAAGACGUCCUGAAAUUGAAGAAAUCGGACUUCUGGAUUGGCGCCACUGACAUGGCGUGCUAUCAGAAAUUCACCUGGUGCACUGGUUCGCAAAUAGAUAUUUCCAAAUACGACUGGACUUUGAUGCAGCCGAAUUAUUUGGGUGGAAACCAACAUUGCAUCGUAAUGACCGUGGAGUUGGAUGGGUUUAUUUUACCAGGCGACAACGGCUUAAAUGACUGGGAAUGCUACGAGCUGAACAAUUAUUUAUGCGAAAAGUCUUAAUAAUAUAAAAUGAG